UUUGUUCAGACGCCAUUUUGAUUCACAGUAGAAGGAGGAAACUAAAAACUGAAGCGAGACUGACUGAAGGCCAGAAGAUGGAGCAAGAGGAGGACAGAGUCAGCUGUCUGUCUAUGAAGAGUGACAGGUCCAACCAUCAUCCUCCAAACUUCAGUGGAGAACCUGGACCCUCAGACACAAACGGUCAGUACCACCGACAGAGAGCAGAGUCUGCAGUAUUCAGCUGUCUGUCUAUGAAGAGUGACAGGUCCAACCAUCAUCCUCCAAACUUCAGUGGAGAACCUGGACCCUCAGACACAAACGGUCAGUACCACCGACAGAGAGCAGAGUCUACAGUAUUCAGCUGUCUGUCUAUGAAGAGUGACAGGUCCAACCAUCAUCCUCCAAACUUCAGUGGAGAACCUGGACCCUCAGACACAAACGGUCAGUACCACCGACAGAGAGCAGAGUCUGCAGUAUUCAGCUGUCUGUCUAUGAAGAGUGACAGGUCCAACCAUCAUCCUCCAAACUUCAGUGGAGAACCUGGACCCUCAGACACAAACGGUCAGUACCACCGACAGAGAGCAGAGUCUACAGUAUUCAGCUGUCUGUCUAUGAAGAGUGACAGGUCCAACCAUCAUCCUCCAAACUUCAGUGGAGAACCUGGACCCUCAGACACAAACGGUCAGUACCACCGACAGAGAGCAGAGUCUACAGUAUUCAGCUGUCUGUCUAUGAAGAGUGACAGGUCCAACCAUCAUCCUCCAAACUUCAGUGGAGAACCUGGACCCUCAGACACAAACGGUCAGUACCACCGACAGAGAGCAGAGUCUGCAGUAUUCAGCUGUCUGUCUAUGAAGAGUGACAGGUCCAACCAUCAUCCUCCAAACUUCAGUGGAGAACCUGGACCCUCAGACACAAACGGUCAGUACCACCGACAGAGAGCAGAGUCUGCAGUAUUCAGCUGUCUGUCUAUGAAGAGUGACAGGUCCAACCAUCAUCCUCCAAACUUCAGUGGAGAACCUGGACCCUCAGACACAAACGGUCAGUACCACCGACAGAGAGCAGAGUCUGCAGUAUUCAGCUGUCUGUCUAUGAAGAGUGACAGGUCCAACCAUCAUCCUCCAAACUUCAGUGGAGAACCUGGACCCUCAGACACAAACGGUCAGUACCACCGACAGAGAGCAGAGUCUGCAGUAUUCAGCUGUCUGUCUAUGAAGAGUGACAGGUCCAACCAUCAUCCUCCAAACUUCAGUGGAGAACCUGGACCCUCAGACACAAACGGUCAGUACCACCGACAGAGAGCAGAGUCUGCAGUAUUCAGCUGUCUGUCUAUGAAGAGUGACAGGUCCAACCAUCAUCCUCCAAACUUCAGUGGAGAACCUGGACCCUCAGACACAAACGGUCAGUACCACCGACAGAGAGCAGAGUCUGCAGUAUUCAGCUGUCUGUCUAUGAAGAGUGACAGGUCCAACCAUCAUCCUCCAAACUUCAGUGGAGAACCUGGACCCUCAGACACAAAAGAGAGGAAGAGGAGUCAUGUUUCUGUAGAGGAGCAGCCGUCCUGCUGUGCUUUGUGUCAGGACGUCCUGAAGGAUCCAGUCUCUACCAGCUGUGGACACUGGUUCUGCAGACAGUGCAUCACCUCAUACUGGGACCAGUCUGCUUCAUCAGGACACUCCUCCUGUCCCCAGUGUGGAAAAAGAUCCAGAACAAAUGAUGUUGGUCUGCAGGAGAUUUUAGAUGAACAUAAGAUCAGUCUGAGGAGGAGAUGUGAACAUGUGACUGAAGGAACUGAUGUAACAGGAAGAGGAACCCUCCUCAACAGUAUCUACACUGAGCUCUACAUCACAGAGGGACAGAGUGAAGAGGUUAAUACCCAACAUGAGGUGAAGCAGCUUGAGACAGCUUCCAAGACUAAGGCCCUCCAUGACACUCCAAUCAGGUGUCACGACAUCUUUAACGCCUUACCUGACCAACAGAGACACAUCAGAGUGGUUCUGACCUACGGCGUCGCUGGUGUUGGAAAAACCUUCUCAGUGCAGAAGUUCACUCUGGACUGGGCAGAGGGUUUGGAAAACCAAGAUGUCAGUGUGGUGAUUGUGCUUUCGUUCAGGGAGCUGAACUUGAUCAAAGAUGAGCAGUACAGUCUUCUUAGGCUGCUCCAUGUUUUCCAUCCAACAUUACAGAAGGUCACAGCAGAGCAGCUGGCUGUCUGUAAACUUUUGUUCAUCUUUGAUGGCCUGGAUGAAAGCAGACUUUCACUGGACUUCAACAACAGUGAGGUUGUGUCUGAUGUCACACAGAAGGCAUCAGUCAACGUGCUGCUGACAAACCUCAUCAAGGGGAACCUGCUUCCCUCGGCUCUGGUCUGGAUCACUUCCAGACCUGCAGCAGCCAAUCAGAUCCCUCCUACAUGUGUUGACAGGGUAACAGAAGUACGAGGCUUCACUGACGCCCAGAAGGAGGAGUACUUCAGGAGGAGGUUCAGUGAUGAAGAGCUGUCCAGCAGAAUCAUCUCCCACAUCAAGACCUCCAGGAGCCUCCACAUCCUGUGUGGAGUCCCAGUCUUCUGCUGGAUCACUGCUACAGUUCUGGAGCACAUGUUGACUACAGAGCAGAGAGGAGAGCUGCCCAAGACCCUGACUGACAUGUACUCACACUUUGUGACGGUUCAGACAAAGAGGAAGAAGAACAAGUACCAUGAGAAACAUAAGACGAGUCCACAGGAGCUGAUGGAGGCUGACAGGGAAGUUCUUCUGAAGCUGGGGAGGCUGGCGUUUGAACAUCUGGAGGAAGGAAACAUCAUGUUCUACCAAGAAGACCUGGAGCGCUGUGGUCUGGAUGUGACAGAGGCCUCAGUGUACUCAGGAGUUUGUACAGAGAUCUUCAAAAGAGAGAGUGUGAUCUUCCAGAAAUCAGUCUACUGCUUUGUUCAUCUGAGCGUUCAGGAGUUUCUGGCUGCAGUCUACAUGUUCCACUGUUAUGCCAACUGGCAGACAGAGGUUCUGAAGAACUUCCUGGGGAGAGACUACCGGGUCUUCACUAAGUCUCUGGAUGACUUCCUGUAUGGAGCCAUGUAUAAAUCUCUGCUCAGUAAAAAUGGUCACCUGGACCUGUUUGUUCGCUUCCUUCAUGGCCUCUCUCUGGAGUCCAACCACAGACUCUUAGGAGGUCUGCUGGGUCAGACAGAGAACAGUCCAGGAAUCAUCCAGAGAGCCACCAGCAAACUGAAGGAGAUGAAGACUAGUAAAAUGUCUCCUGACAGAAGCAUCAACAUCUUCCACUGUCUGAUGGAGAUGAACGACCUCUCAGUUCAUCAGGAGAUCCAAGAGUUCCUGAAGUCAAAGAACAGAUCAAAGAAGAAACUCUCUUCGAUCUACUGCUCAGCUCUGGCCUACAUGCUGCAGAUGUCAGAGGAGGUUCUGGAUGAGUUGGACCUGAAGAAGUACAACACAGGAGAGGAGGGACGACAGAGACUGAUCCCAGCUGUGAGGAACUGCAGAAAGGCUCGAUUUACUGGAUGUGGACUCUCAGAGACUCACUGUGAAGUUGUGUCCUCAGCUCUGAAGUCCAACCCUUCCUAUCUGACAGAGCUGGACAUGAGUAAUAAUGACCUGAAGGAUUCAGGAGUGAAGCAUCUGUCUGCUGGACUGGAGAGUCCAAACUGUAGACUGGAGACUCUGAGGUUGAAGAACUGCAGUUUGUCAGAGAUCAGCUGUGAUUCUCUGGUCUCAGCUCUGAAGUACAACCCCUCCCAUCUGAAACAUCUGGACCUGAAUGACAACAACCUGAAGGAUUCAGGAGUGAAGCAGCUAUGUGGUUUUCUGGAGAGUCCAGACUGUAGACUGGAGACUCUGAGAUUGACUGAAUGCCGGUUGUCAGAAAUCAGCUGUGAUUCUCUGGUCUCAGCUCUGAAGUCCAACCCCUCCCAUCUGAAACAUCUGGACCUGAGUAACAACAGUCUGAAGGAUUCAGGAGUGAAGCAGCUGUGUGGUUUUCUGGAGAGUCCAGACUGUAGACUGGAGACUCUGAGACUAAAGAGCUGCAGUUUGUCAGAGAUCAGCUGUGAUUCUCUGGUCUCCGCUCUGAAGUCCAACCCCUCCCAUCUGAAACAUCUGGACCUGACUGACAACAUCCUGGAGGAUUCAGGAGUGAAGCAGCUGUGUGGUUUUCUGGAGAGUCCAGACUGUAGACUGGAGACUCUGAGAUUGAAGAGCUGCAGUUUGUCAGAGAUCAGCUGUGAUUCUCUGGUCUCAGCUCUGAAGUCCAACCCCUCCCAUCUGAAACAUCUGGACCUGAGUUACAACAAGCUGAAGGAUUCAGGAGUGAAGCAGCUGUGUGGUUUUCUGGAGAGUCCAGACUGUAGACUGGAGACUCUGAGAUUGAAGAGAUGCAGUUUUUCAAAGAUCAGCUGUGAUUCUCUGGGACCAGCUCUGAAGUCCAACCCCUCCCAUCUGAAACAUCUAGACCUGAAUGACAACAAGCUGAAGGAUUCAGGAGUGAAGCAGCUGUGUGGUUUUCUGGAGAGUCCAGACUGUAGACUGGAGACUCUGAGAUUGAAGAGCUGCAGUUUGUCAGAGAUCAGCUGUGAUUAUCUGGUCUCAGCUCUGAAGUCCAACCCCUCCCAUCUGAAUCAUCUGGACCUGAGAUUCAAUAACCUGAAGGAUUCAGGAGUGAAGCAGCUUCUUGAUCUUGUGAAGAGUCCAGACUAUAAACUGGAGACUCUGAGGUGGAAGUGAUGACAAACAGGAGGGUGUGUGGUGUGAGAGGAUGAGCUGUGUCCUGAUGAUUCAGAGGUUGAAGCAGCAGAAGCUUGAGAAUCUGAGACUCUGACUGCAGAUAAAUGUUUGGAGUCCUUCCUUAUGAUGCCACUUGUUUCCUCUCCUGCAGUAAAUCACCUACGACAUGAUUCUACUUCCUCAGUGCUUCAGUUAGGAUGCUGUUCUCCAGGUUAUUGCUCCUGAUAGAACAAUGGUCAUUGUUGACAGACAGUUCAUUUUUUGUUUCAGAGGACAUUUCUUCUAAUGAUCAGUGCUUUUUCCUGGUGCAGGUAAUUAAACCACAGUCAGUCUCCACAGUCAGCUGAGCAGCCUUUCUGUUCAUGUUACUGUCAGAUCAGUUUUACUGUGGGUGUAGAUAUGUUUGUUCCUGUUUCCUCUGAAGUCUUCACACAGUUCUCUGCUGUUGUGUGAGAUUCAUUUGUUUUCUCAUACUAAAGAUGAUUAAUCUCUAGGAGACUGAAGCGUCUCUGAGUGACCUCCUGGUCCAUGAUGACCUGAGUUUGAAGGUUGGCUUUAAAUACAUCCACCAGUACUCCUCCAAUACACCUAGUUAGCCAAUCAGAAGCUUCCCAAGCCUGCCUAUUAAAGUCACAAUCAACUGAGAGAAUGUAAUCAUGAAAGCAUUAAUUUAUUUACUUAUUAGAUAGGGACAGUGCACAUUAAGUGCUGUUCAGACAGCAGUGGACAUAAAUAUGCAGGAGUAUAGCAUCAUUUCUAAUUAGCAUCCUCAGUCCCUAGACAGGUUAGACAAAAACAUGAUAAGACAUAGAACAGGACAAUAGAUUCCAAUAAGAGCACAACAUAAGAGAGGACAUUCAAUGAAUGAAUGAAUGAAUGAAUGAAUGAAUGAAAACUUUAUUUUAAAGUUGUAAUACAACAACCAAAAGAAAGAAAACUACAUUUGAACAAUAUUUACCUAACAUGUUUGAAAAGGAGUAGAAAGAGGCCUUACUGUUAUUUAAUCCUACCCCUUCUCCAUGUAUGUUUAUUUCCUGUUUUUUCUUCCCUUUUCACAUGCUCAUAAACAUGUAUAUUUAGACGUAUUCCCCUCCUCCCUAAGCCUGUUGUGAGGCUUAAAUUUACUCAUUCUUGGAUAUUGCUUUAUUUCCCCCGUCAGUCAGUUCCAUAAUUUCCUUUUACAGUUCCCACAUAGCGUGAGUUUGCUUGUUUGUUUAGACUUAAUGAUAAUUUGUUUCUAUCAAACCACUAUUUUAAUUUACACUUUUCUUACGCCCAGAAGCUCCUAUAAAUUGUCUCCUGAACAAAAAUUUUGUUUGUUUCAUCUGCAAAUAAAAACUAUUUCAAUAUAUUAGGAAUAAACAGUUUUGGACCCAGUACUAACCACUGGGGGACGCCACAAGCAAUGUCCAAGCAUGAGGAGGCUUAAAUAACUCUUCACCCAGUGCAAAACAACCACAUAUACAUCUAUAUCUAUACAUCUAUACAUAUACAUACAUUUACAUAGGCUUCUGCCUCUCACCAAUAUGCCACAUCAAUUAUCAAUAUCAAUUAAAUCAUAAUCAACAGUAAUCAUUAACAAUUAUUAUCUAUUGUAGCCACUUAAAAACAUAUUUUUGUACCUUUUCUUAAACUGAUUGAUAUAUGGACUUUACUCAGAGAGAUUGUUCCAUAGUUUGACACUGGUAAAAGGUAUGCAGAAACUUUUCACGGUUGUUCGUCUGUUUAAGAUUUUGAAGUUAUGUUCCCCUCUUAACUGAUAACCUCCCUCCAGAUUCCUACGUUAAACUUGGCUGUUUUCUGGUAGUUUCCUGUUUUGUGCCGUAUACAUGAUGAUUGCUGUUUGGUAAGAUCUGAUAUGGGAAUGUCAGUAGUUUUGAGUGUAUAAAAAGCUGAGUUUGUGAAUAGUUCUUAUUGCUCUUUUCUGCAGGAUGAUAAGUGAAUCUUAUGUUGUACAUAUAUCCAAACUUCGGCACAAUAAUGUAAAUAUUUGAAAACCAGUGAACUGUUAAGUGUGCAGAGAUAACUGUGGUCAAGUAAUUGUUUUGCUUUGUGAAUGACUGCAGAGUUUCUUGAAGCUUUGGACUGUAACCCCUAGAAAUUUGUUUUCAUGCAACUUUUCAAUUUCAACCCCAUCGAUUUCUAUUCACACCCGUGUGUUUACUGAGCCUUUCUCAAAUAGCAUGAACUCAGUCUCUGUCAAACUGACAAAUUUUCACCACUUUGAUAUUUACAUGUGACAUUAAUAUACAGGAUAAACAGUUUGGAGCCUAGACGUAAAUUUCAAGCUCUACCUGUAUAUAACUAUGAAUGAGCUUCUUUGCUCUUGUAGAGGUUGGGGUUAUUAAGAUUUAAUCAUGACUUUUAUGUUUUCCCUUUUUAAAAAUAAUUUCACUGCUCUAUAGUAGCUGCUUGUUUUGUUAACUCCAUGAAGACAGCCAAAAUUAUGUAAUGCACUUUAUAUACUUGUGUUGUUGUUCAUUUUGGGUUCUCUGGAAUAUCAUGAUAUAUAUACAUGAUAUUAUUAUGAAGUUGGAAGCUUCAAAACAGCCCUGUGAGUUCUCUGCCUCUUCCUGAUCUGCAGAUUAUAUUGACCAGAAUAAAGAAAAGUGAUUGAGUAA